AUGGACACCCAAUCCUUUUACGGGAGACGCAGGCAACCAUGUCAAACACGUUUGCCACCCGAACAGGACAGUGACGACAGCUGUCUAAGCGAUAGCGAUGAUGACGUAGACUACAUCCCACCAGAUGAGUCCAACGCCCAGUGUGAAGAAGCAUCAGAAGGAGAAGAGGACGACGAUGAUGAUAACAGCGAAGAAGCAGCACAUACUUCAAAAGGUGGCAAGCCACGUUUGAAUUGGUCAAGGGUAUCAGCUUUUCGUCAUCAUAGUAUACCGAAAUGGAAAGGUUCAAUACAAGAAAAUGAUGAUGUCAGGUCUGCUGUUGACUACUUUCGCGGGUUCUUCGACGACAGUUUGAUCAAGCUGAUCGUCACACAGAGCAACCUCUCCGCAGUUCAGAAAGACCCGAAUAAACCCUUUGCCAUUACCGAACUGGAGCUUGAACAAUUUCUGGGAUGUACCCUGUUCAUGUCUGUCAUCCAGCUGCCGCGGACUCGUCUGUACUGGUCUGCUCAAUGUCGGGUGUCAGCAGUGGCUGACAUUAUGAGUCGGGACAGAUGGGAAGAAAUAAAAUCAUCACUGCACUUCAAUGACAACCUGAACAUGCCCUCCACGAGUUCUUCCGAUAAGGACAGGCUCUUCAAAAUACGUCCACUCCUCGAGGCACUGCACUCUAAGUUUGAAGAGAUUCUACAGGCACAAACUCUUUGUGUAGAUGAGCAAAUGGUGCCUUUCAAGGGCCGAUCAAGUCUGAAACAAUAUCUACCCAAGAAACCCCACAAGUGGGGCUAUAAAAUAUUCGUAAUGUGUGACUCUCAUGGCAUUGCGCACUCUUUUGAAGUGUACACUGGUAUUAUUACUCCCGUACCCGGGUUUCCCGACAUCGGGCCCAGCGGCAAUAUCGUCCUGAAGCUGUCCGAACGCGUGAAGCCGAAUCUCAAUCACCUGCUCUUUUUUGAUAAUUGGUUUACGUCCAUCCCUCUCCUCCUUGCCUUAGCGGCAAGAGGAAUCUACGGCUUAGGCACCGUGCGCGCCAACAGGCUACAAGGCUGCCAAAUGACUUCGGACGCAGCUCUUAGAGCUAGUGGUCGUGGGAGCUCCGAAGAGUACAAAACAGUGCAAGACAAGCAAAAAGUGAUUGCAGUGAAAUGGUACGACAACCGAACUGUAACGACUGCAAGUACCUUCGCCGGCAUAGAACCCAAGUCCACUGUCAAGCAGUGGGACAGAAAAAGAAAGGAAACCGUGGAGAUCGAGUGCCCAAAUGCCAUAUCGACGUACAACCGACACAUGGGUGGUGUUGACCUCCUAGAUGGACUUGUUGCCUACUACCGAACUGAAGUGAGGUCGAAGAAGUACUAUCUGAAAAUAUUCUUCCACUUUUUGGACGUGGUAGUGGUCGUGAGCUGGCUCUUCUAUCGACGCGACUGCCAAUCUAUGGGAGUCCCUAAAAGCCAUCAGAAAGAUCUGAUGAAGUUCAAAUUGGCCAUCGCGGAAGCACUCUGCAAGCAGGGAAAAGACCUGCACCACAAAAAACGUGGUUGA